AUGUGGACUUGGGAAAAUGUGCUGAACUGUGAACAUGUGAAGAGCUCUGUGGUUGUAAUUGCUACUCAGGUGGCCAAGUGGAUGUUGAGCAAAGGUCAAGGAGUGACAAUGGGAACAUAUGACAUCCUUCUACAGGCAUUUGAUGUGGAUCGAAGGGUAGAGGAAGCAGAAAUAUUAUGGAACAUGAUUCUGCAUGCACAUACCCGCUCUGUCUCAAAGCGCUUGUUUUCUCGAAUGAUCUCUCUGUAUGAUCAUCAUAAUAUGCCAGAUAAGAUUAUAGAGGUAUUUGCGGAUAUGGAGGAGUUAGGCGUGAAGCCUGAUGAAGAUACUGUAAGGAAAAUUGCCCAUGCCUUGCAAAAUCUAGGGCAGGAAGACAAGCAGAAACUUUUCCUUAAAAAGUAUCAGAGUAAAUGGAAAUAUAUCCAUUUUAAGGGCGAAAGGGUUAGGGUAAGAACAGAUGCAUGGAAUGAAUAG